GAGACGGCGUGCGCGCGCUCACACACAGCCACAGAGAGUGUGUGUCAUGCUGGCAGUGUGUGGGCUGAACCUAGCAGCCCUCCUCUCGUCCUGCCUCUCCCACUUCUUCUCCUCUCUCCCUGUGCGUCUCCAGAUACUCCUCCUUCUCCUCUUCCUCUUCUUUUCUCCAUCCUCCAUCACCUCUUCCUCUGCUCCUCUCGGUUCUUCUGUCCAUCUCGUCUUUUUUUUUUUCAUUUUAUCAUCAUGGAGAGCUGGUCGCUGAUCUUCUGGGAUGGGCAGGGCAACCCUCUGAAAAUAAUCUGAAAUCCUGAAACCUGUUUCCUCUCCAUUAUUGCACAGAAGAAAACACUUGAAGAUCACUGAAGACCUACUCUUCUAGAGGAACAACAACAUCCACAGACGUCCACUGAGUUUUAAACGAGUAGAAUGAUCAGUUUUUAACCACGCCAUCGGACAUUCUCCAAGGCCCCCACUUUAAUAGGCAAUAGAAGCUGGACAACUAGAUCAUCAGACUGGACCAGAACCAAUCCAGACGCUUGCCAGAGUUUGAGAACCGCAACAAGCCAGAAGAGAUCAGUGGAAAUUAGUAAAGGCUUGUGGAAAAGUUUGAUGGGCCUGCUGACAAUAGCCACAUGCCUCUGAGUCCGACCGCUGACACCAAACAUGAUCGCCCGCGGCAACAGGCGGUUACUAACGGCAACCCAACAGGCUCUGCUGUCGCCAGGGACGACGACGGGGAGGACACGCCCCCUGGAAACAGCAUUGUGGUCCGAAUCGGGAUCCCGGACCUGCAGCAGACGAAGUGUUUGCGGUUGGACCCAGAGUUACCAGUUUGGACCAGUAAGCAGAGGGUUCUGGUGACGUUGACUCAGUCUCUGUCGGAUGUUUUGAACUAUGGUCUCUUCCAGCCGGCGUUCAACGGCCGAGCCGGAAAGUUUCUGGACGAGGAGCGCCUGCUGAAGGAGUAUCCUCUUCCCCCCAUCACUCCCAUCCCGUAUCUGGAGUUUCGUUAUAAGAGGAGAGUUUAUACUCAGAGUUACGUGGAUGAUAAGCAGCUGGCAAAGCUGCACACAAAGGCAAAUCUGAAGCGAUUUAUGGAACAUGUUCACCAGAAGAAUGCAGAAAAGGUGGCCAAAUGGUUGGAGAAAGGUCUGGACCCCAACUUCCACGACUCGGACAGCGGAGAGUGUCCCCUGACUCUGGCUGUCCAGCUGGAGGACAGCUGUGAGCUCAUUAAGGUCCUUCGCAGCGGAGGAGCUCACCUGGACUUCAGGACCAGGGACGGCAUCACGGCUCUCCACCGGGCCGUCCUCUGCAGGAACAGCGCCGCGCUCACGACUCUACUGGACCUCGGAGCAUCUCCGGACUACAAGGACAGCAGAGGUCUGACUCCGCUCUACCACUCUGCCAUGGUGGGCGGCGCCCCCUACUGCUGCGAGCUGCUACUUCAGGACCACGCCACCAUCGGGAUCACUGAUGAGAACGGGUGGCAGGAAAUCCACCAGGCAUGUCGUUAUGGCAACGUGCAGCACUUGGAGCACCUCCUGUUCUACGGCGCCAACAUGAGUUCCCAGAACGCCUCAGGAAACACUGCGCUGCACCUGUGUGCUCUGUACAACCAGGACAGCUGCGCCCGGGUUCUGCUGUUCAGAGGCGCCAACAAGGACAUAAAGAACUACAACAACCAGACGGCCUUUCAGGUGGCGAUCAUCGCUGGGAACUUUGAUCUGGCUGAAAUCAUCAAGAUCCACAAAACCUCUGAUGUUGUUCCCUUCAGAGAAACCCCCUCCUACACCAAGCGCCGCCGGGUCGGCGCCACCAGAACACCGGCUGGAAACGGCCUCUCAUCACCUCGCUCUCUGAUUCGCUCAGCCAGUGACAACGCCCUGGAAAGCCCCGCCUCCUCCCCAGGCCCCUCCCUGCAGAGCCUGGAGACGCACCAUGACACGCACACGCACUCACUGAGACGCCACACGCGCCGCCUCAGCCCCAGUGGGGGGGGUCAUGUGGAGACCAGCCCUCCUUCCUCCCCCCCUCCCACGCCACAGAUGAGGAAGAGGAGGCUGUACAGCGCGGUGCCGGGACGCACCUUCAUUGCCACCCGGUCCCAUGUCCCCCAGGGGCCCGGAGAAAUCCAGCUGCACCGGGGGGAGCGGGUGAAAGUGCUUUCAAUUGGAGAAGGAGGCUUCUGGGAAGGAACCGUUAAAGGCAGAACCGGCUGGUUUCCUGCGGACUGCGGAGAGACGAGAGAGGACCGCACGAAGAGGCUCUUCAGACAUUACACAGUGGGAUCCUACGACAACUACACCUCCUACAGCGACUACGUUAUCGAGGAGAAAACGGCCGUUCUCCAGAAGAGAGAGAGCGAAGGAUUCGGCUUCGUCCUCCGAGGAGCUAAAGCUGAGACGCCUAUCGAAGAAUUCGCUCCGACACCGGCUUUUCCCGCACUGCAGUAUCUGGAAUCAGUGGAUCAGGGGGGCGUGGCUUGGAGGGCGGGGCUAAGGACCGGAGACUUCCUCAUAGAGGUGAACGGGACCGACGUGGUGAAGGUGGGUCACCGGCAGGUCGUCUCUCUGAUCCGACAGGGAGGAAGUCGGCUGCUGAUGAAAGUCGUCUCAGUUUCCAGAAAAUCAGAAACCAACCUGAUCAGGAAGAAAGCUCCGCCUCCUCCAAAGCGGGCCCCCAGCACCUCGCUGACGCUACGAUCCAAGUCCAUGACCGCCGACCUGGAGGAGAUAGCCAGGAGGAGACGUUACGAGAAACUGGAUGAGAUGCUGGCCGGAGGUCAACAGGAAGUGGUCCUGAGGGCCCGUCCGUCUGACGACUUCAGAGCAGCGACGGUCAAACAGAGACCGACCAGCCGACGCAUCACGCAGGCCGAGAUCAAUUCUCUGUUUGAGCGUCAGGGUCUGGUUCCCCCCUCUGCUCCAGAGAAGAGCACCAUGCCUUUACCCAGAGGGAUGUCCAGAACCAAGAGCUUCGGAACCCCAGAAGAUGACAGGAUCUCGGCUCUGAUCCAUGAGAGCCGUUUUCCUCGGAGCUCCUCUUUGACGGACAGCUCCAUCCCGCCUCCUCCUCAGACAGCUCCACCCCCGCCUCCUUCGGCCUCCUCCACCUCCUCACUUUACCUCCUCGACUCCGGCCCGCCCCCGUCCUUCCUCCCUCCUCCGCCCCCGGCUAGAGGGGAGGGGCUAACACGCUCCAGCUUUAAACCAGGGGCGGAGCCACGGCUGCAUGAGCUCUCUGAUGCCAGGAGCCACGCCCACGCCGAGCGGCAGAGGAAAGCCAGGUCCAUGAUCAUCCUGCAGGACACGCCCCCCCCACCGGCGCUUCAGACGGACGGCCAUGCCACUUCCACACACGCGCUUCACACCGCCACGCAGACCUCCACGCUGUCCAUCCACGGAGCCAGCCCCGCCCUCGGACACUCCCCUCUGUCACGUCGCCGGGGACGAGCGAUAGAAAACCCUUACGCCAACGUUGGACAUCAGGCUCCGCCCAGCAAACCCCAGAGGAGGAAGUCCCCUUUGUUGAAGCAACUUCCUGUUGAAGAGCAGGGUCUUGGAAUCAAAGACCACGAUUCGUUCAAAUCAGACGGAGGUGGACUAAUGAGCCCCAGCAGAGCGGAGCUGUAUCAGCAGCAGGUUCUGUCUGAGCGCGCCCGGGUUCAGGGUCGCCGCUCCUCCCUCUUCCUGUCCGUCGAGGGGUCGGGGUCAGAAAACCAGGCCCCGCCCCUCCUGACUCAGAGCCACUCCAUGGACGACCUCGGAGAGCUGCCCCCUCCGGCUCCGGUCCUGUCGCCUUCACCGACGCCGCACACCUUCCUCCACCCGCUGACAGGAAAACCUCUAGAUCCGUCGUCUCCUCUCGCCUUGGCUCUCGCUGCUAGAGAGCGAGCGCUCACCGCCAGAACGCCGAGUCCCGAGCCUCGAAUCAAACACACCUCAGCCUCCACCACACCUGUUCCCACUCCAGCAGCCAGUCCUGAGACCAGACACAAGCGCACCCCCUUCACCACCCCACAGAGCAGCCCUGAGCCGCGAUCCAAGCGCACCUCUCCCCAGACGAGCCCCGAGCAGCGAACUAAACAUACAACGCCACAAACCAGCCCUGAGCUGAGGCACAAACGCAUCACGCCGCCGCUGUUCCCCGAGGGGCAGGUGGAACGCCCAGAGACCGAAGGGGGAGUAACAUCGCCCGCUGCCCCCUCCCCUGAAAGAUGGAGGCCCUCCCCUCUACCAGCGCUGGCCAAUGACAGCCACUCGGCUCUGAUUGACAGACGGAGAAGUCUCACGGUGGGCAGCUCAGAGGAGGAGGGCGGGGCCUACACCGUGACCCUCCCUCCUGCCCUGCUGUCAUCCAGCGAUGAGGAGACCAGAGAGGAGCUGCGUAGGAUUGGUCUAGUGACUCCUCCCCCCGCCUUCGCCAGCCCCCCUGCCGCCCCAGCCCCGUCCUCCUUAUCCCUGUUGCCUCGACGAGGAGGAGAGGGAGGAGGCGAGAGUGCUCCAGAGUCCCUUGGGAAACGAGGAGAUGAGGAGGAAGGAGGUGAAGAGCGUCACCAUGACAGCUCCUUGUCCCCUAGCUCCCUCCCUCCCUCCAUCACCCUGGCCUCCCCUCCUGCUCCCACAUCGCCAUCCUCCCCCCCUGCCACUCACCCCUCUCCCUCAUCUGCUGCCACCUCCCCGUCGGCUCUGAAACCCCGCCUCCGGUCGCCGAUUGGUCGGGGUCGCUCUGCGUUGCGCGACCCGCUGCUGAAGCAGUCCUCAGACAGCGAGCUCCUCCCCUCUGUCGCCUCCUCCUCCUCCCCCUCCUCCCCACUAUGCUCCUCACCCACCAGCGGCAGCAGCCGGCAGCCGCGCUACCUGUUCCAGAGGAGGUCAAAGCUGUGGGGGGGCGGAGACGACGAGCGUCGUGGGGCGAGUCCAGAGGACGGCGGGGGCCGCCCAGCAGCCCUGGGAGGUCAGAGCUCUGGGUCUGCGGUGGACCUGACGACCCGCUCAGCGUCCGCCCUGGAGCUGAGUGGCCGGGCCGGGUCGGGCCUGGAUCUGGCUAAUCGGCUCCAGCUGCUCAACAAAGACAGCCACUCCCUGGGAGAGGAACCGAGUCCGCUGGACCCGGGCCGGAGGUCACCUGUAGGGGGCGCCAGGUUGUUCUCCAGCCUUGGCGAACUUCACACCAUCUCCCAGCGAGGAUAUGGCACCAGUUACACGGUCCGACCAGGAAGCCGCUACCCCGUCACCCGCAGAAGCCCCUCCCCUUCUCCCUCCCCCUCAGAUCGCUCCAUGGGGCUGGGCUCCUCCCCUGCGCCUUGCUCAGAACGCCCUGAUCUGAGCUCGGGUCGAGGUCUGACCAUCCUGAAGUCUUCAAGUCUCAGCCUGCCAUCGGAGCCGAAGGAGGUCCGUUUCGUUAUGAGAAGCGCCAGUGCACGAACCAGAUCCCGCUCUCCUUCGCCUUCGCCCCAUGCCUCCCCCUGCCCGUCUCCGGUCCUCAGUGGGCCCCUGUUGGCCCUCCGGCCCUGGAGGCAGCGGCCUCUAAACCUGUGGAAUAAAUACGAUGUGGGCGACUGGUUGGAGAGCAUGGGCCUGGCCGAACACCGCCAGCGCUUCCAGGAGCACGAGAUCGAAGGCUCCCACCUCCCUGCCCUCACCAAGGAGGACUACGUGGAGCUGGGCGUCACCAGACUGGGACACCGCAUCAACAUCGAGAGGGCUCUCAGACAGUUGCUGGAGAGCUCCACUUGACCCCUCGCCUCUCACCCAUCACCUCUAGGCAUCCAGAACUCUGACCUCACGACCCCUGACCUCAGGUCAGACCCCAGCCCAUCUCCUUAAUUCAAUAUCUCAGCCAUUACAGAAUCACGCCCAUUUUGUUGACGCCCAGAUCUCUGAAAUGUUUCGGCUGAUCAGCUCUUGGAGAACCAGCUCUGAGUUCAGCUCCUGAUGACAUCCAAGUCGAAGCCUUGUUGUCACUUAUUCACACCAGAUAUCGGAUAUAACCAAAGUAACUUAGGAAAAGAAAUACAAACAAAUAAUUCCUUGUUCAUGGAAUAAUGUUUAAACAAGCUUCUUAAAUAUACUGAACGAAACAAAAGCUUUUUUCUUUUUUUAUAUAGUCAACUUGUCUUGAAACAUUUAUGUUAUUUGGACCCAGUCUCGUACAAAAUUCAUCCCAAUCUAGAAGGUUUCAGCACCGCUUAGCUUCAAUUAGACGAAAACCUGAUGAUUGGUCAGUCCGAUCCAAGAGCUUCACCUUGUUUCUCUGUUUUUAUGGUAUUAUUGGGGGGGGGCUGAUGUCUUGACAGAAAUUCAACAUGGGUCGUAUCUGAACAGACAACACUUUCCCGUUUUUGAUGGGCCUGUCUUAAAGUUUCGCAGCAAAUCCUAAACAAACAUGUUUUCCUUCUGCAGUGGAGUCUUGUGCUGCUAGUGAAAAUGGAGGCCAAGGUGUCUCUGAAGCCGGGCGUACACUGUGCGAUUUUUUUUCAAUCGUUGCAUAAAGCUACAGCUCACACUGUACGAAGAAACCCUGAGGUUUCGUUUUACAGUGCGAGUUCACAGCUCACACUGUGCGAAUCGACUAUCUGAUGCGAUCUACCUGCUCACACUGUACGUCUAAAAAACACGUCGGAUUCAGCUCCGCAGUGAGAGAUGGCACUGCUUGGACUCGUCUAUGCGGAAGCCAAAAAAGGCACAAGAGGACAAUGAAGUUAGAGUGAAACGCGCUGCCUCGGCAAUUUGUGCUGAAAGCCCUAAAAAGAAAAGUCGAUGACGUAUUUAGACAAAGACAUGGCUGAACAAACGAGGCUACUACGGUAUGUCAAUUUCCAUUUCACUCGCACCCCCGCCAUGCUACUGUGUUCUCAUCUGAGCGGAAGAAGAAGUAACCUUGUUCGCAGACUGAGCGAUUUUCCCACGACGGCCGACUGAAUUUCAAAUAUGUUUGAUUUUUUCCCGACCUUCUGAUUCCUGAUCGUGAGGUGGUGGUGAGAGGCUGUUCACACCUCUUACCCCCGUACACUACACAACGCACCAUCAGGCUGAAAGUCAUCCUGAUCGCAAAAUUCUCACACGACUGGAAAGUCGGCCAGAAAAGGGCAAAAAAUUGUACAGUUUAAGCCCGGCUUCAGGCAACUCUGUUAAAUCUCAGCUUUUCUAACAGAAAAGAGCACCUGGACAGACAUGUACGUCUGUAAUCAAAUCCAUGUGUGUGUUUCUCAACAUUAAGGUUGGAAAAAGUCUUAAAGCUCUUUCCUUGAAAGCUAAUGAGAAGUAAAAUCAUUUUAGAAGCCACCAUUUGGGAUUAAACUGAUAUUUGCACUGAUAGAAAGCUAGAUUUCUUUAUCAUACUAACAGAGUUCAGCCGUUUUCUUUGCUUUCUGCACUUUUCUCACUUAUGUGUUAAUUACAAAGAUAAUUCAUAAAUACACCCUUCUGAUUUCUUGUAUAUGUAGAUAACUUUGGUUGUUAUGAACAUCUGGUGUGAAUUUACUGACACGAGCCCAUAAUUGGCAAGAAAACGUUCAAAAUUUUCAUUUGCUGUUUAUAAAAUUUGUAAAACUAGUAAAUAUUGGAUUAAGAACUUGAGGAAAUCUGGUCUACUUUCCCAACGCUGAACUAAACUUCAGAUUUUAAUCAUAACUAAUCUUAAAUUUUGUGUGUCAUUUUGUAUGAGAUAAAAGAAAUGGAUGUAGUAAAAUAUACUUUGGAACUCAAUUCUUAGAUAAAUUCAGUCCAUUAGGGCAAAUUUGACUGACGUGAAAUAAACAAAUAUCUCUAAAGUCACAAAGAACAUCAAAACAUUUUGUCGCCGAAAAACUGCCAAAGGUCUCAGUCGAAGGAAAAUAAUCCAAACCAACAAAAUGUAGAUGUUAACUUAUUUCCAUUAAAAGAUAACAAUACAAGAAAUGGGCUGAUGCUGCGUUUUUAAUGCCGAUGUAAAUACCAAUUAUCGGACAUCAGUCUAACUAAUCCCCGAUGUUUUGAAGGUGAUAUUUCUUUCUCUUGACAAUGUUACAAAGAACACAAAACUAUCAACAAAAAAACACAAACGAUUACAGGACAGCAGAUGGAGGAAGCAGCGAUGCAUGCGCUUCAUGUUAUCUAAAGGCAUGUCUGCUGCGUGCAUUAAUGAUGACGCAAUACAAGGAAAAAAUGCUAAUAAAUGCUAAUACAAUAUUCCACUCUCCUUUAAGGUCGGCAUCGCAGCACUAGGCAACCAUGACCAGCCUGAUUUGAUAGUCUUGAGCAGUGAGAAAAACAAAAAUACUGAGAUAAAAGCGAUCAGAGCAGAUUCUUGCCAUUUUUGAUGGCCGACCUUUACAGACGAUAUUUUUCAGAUGCUCUCCCUAAAAUCAUGACUUAACUUCUCCGUUAGCCGUCGUUUCUGUUCUUUGAUCUUUGGGAUGUAGAGAAAACCGUGUUUAACUGAACUGACAGAGUUACAACAUUUCAACCAGCAUAAAAUAACCACAAGCUAUAAAUAAUAAACACUCAUUGGUAGUCAAACUUAUUCGGCCGUUUUUAAAGAGAUUGGGCAUGCAGUGAAGCACACUGGAGCUAAUUUAAUUAAUUUUUGUUAAUAAAUAAAAGCUUUUAAUGGAUCUGGAGUCUAAUAAAGGGACUUCUGAGGAGAAUAAACAUUUUUUUCUAAAGAGCUGCGAUGGUUCAUAUGUUGGCAGGAGCUGGACUCAGAGCUGUGCUGCUUCUCACAAGAAGAAGCGACGAUCAAUGAGACGGGUUCUCCCUCCAUGCCGGGUUUAUCUGGAUGAUCCGGGACCUUCGAGGACUUUUUGAAAAACUGGACACUCAUAUUUUUGUCCUUUCCUGAAAGCUGUUGUGAUUUCUUUUACCCCCCCUUCAACAUAUCAAAGCUUUUGUGUUCCUUCAGACAUGAGUUUAUAUGUUAAUGGAGAUCAUUUAGAAUUAAUCAAUAAGUAAUAAUAAUAAUACUAGCGUGGUGGUGAUGCCGUACAGAGCUUUUAGUCGUCUGGAAACAGAUUUUUAGUUAUGAUUUGACAAUGAGUUGAAUUUCCAGCAGAAGUUUUGGAGUUCAUAAUGAUUUGUCGAUGAGUGUGACUUUGUGCCGACGUGUUGGUGUGUUUCAGGGAGAGCUGCUGCAGAGCUCCGACCUCUCUGGUUUCUAACCUGCUUACUGAGGGCUUACUGUACACGGUGCUAUCUGUUUAAAGCCAUCUGUACAGACUAUACCUUCCUCCUCCUCUUCAUGCAUCUUCCUCACUCCGAUUCCAGAUCAAUCAGCCGGAAACCAAUCGAUUAAAACGAGGCCAUAUCGCCCUGACGACGGUGUCACAGGAACAGGCCAUAAAAGGAGUUUCCUCCCCUGCCAUAUAAGGGAUGAUGCUUCCUGCCAUAAGUGGAGUUGCCUUCAAAUAUAAAAAUCGUAAUAAAAGGAGCCCCGUUUACUCAUGUUUAUAAGCUUUUUAUAAAAACAAACAGGGAAGAUUUUUGUGCCAAAAGAGGAAAUUAUGACUAGAAUUCAGCUAAAGAAGCUGUUAGUGAUCUAGAAAACCAGAUCUGCUUUUAAGACCCGCAUAUUUAAAUGUUUAUGAUGCAGUAAAGUUAGAGGCAGAUUCAUAUAUUUUAUAGGAUUUAAACCCCUCAUUAAAGAGGUGCUGCCUCUGCAUGAACAAACUGAACCACAUUUCUACUAUUAUACAGAAUAAAAGCUAAAUAAAUUAUACUGUGUAUAUAAAUAAAUAUAACUAUGAAUAUAAAGCAUCUUAUUUUAGCGCAAAGGAGCAAAUUUCAGUAAAAGAAAAACUACAGUCCUGCAGUGAGUUCGGAUCCAGUCUAGUUUUUUAAAAAUAUUUUCCUUCCAAACAUCCAGAUUUUCCUCUCGUCUUUCUGCAUGAACUCGAUCAACGGUUCAAACUUUGAGAAAAACAUCUGAGCUGCUGUAAUAAAGCUAAAUUAAUUACUGUUCCUGUUGUAUAGAUAACUAACGCUUGUUGCACUUUAUGGCCAAACCUAAUAAAGUCGUAAAGAAGCAAUUUAAAGAAGCAGAAGCUCUUUAUAAAACGCUCCUUUUCUACCAAACUGGUCCCAGUAAUGGUUCCCGGACUGGGGCGGACAUAUUUUAUGAAAUAUUUAGUCUGUUUUUCGUAUAAAAACCACUAAAUAAAAUGUUUUGGUUGGGAAAAAAUAAAUCCACUCAAGUUUUUUUUAGAACUCAAUUUAAAUUUAAAACCUUCAAUAUUAUGAAUAUUACUACUUUAAGUAAUUCUAUUAAACCUAAUAACUUAAGCAAAUUAAAAAUAAGGUUAUUAAUUUGAAUUGGUGUUUCUCAGUAUGAAAAUAACAUGACUUCACAUCCAUAUUUAUCAUUUGAUGAUUUCUGAUCCAUUUUAAUUAAUCCGAAAUGAAAAUAUUGAUCCACGUUUUCAUCUUUAGAACAAACCUAGUGGUUAUCAUCGUAUCUCCAUCCAAACAAAUGAUACAGUAUUGUAUCAUGAUAGAGAUGGUGAUUUACAGCCCAAAGCACCAUUACCCAGGUUAGAUAACCAUAACUCAGCUCAACUGCUGGGUACGUUUGGGCCUGUUUCAAUCCAAAACUGCUAAUAAUGACAGAAAGGGAUUUUAAUCUGGUGAACAUUUAAAUUUAUAAUAGUAAAAUGGUUUGAGGGCUAAUUUAUUUGCUUUGUUAAGCUUUGUUGUUUAUUCAAUAUAAUUACAGCUAAAUGCUACAAGAGUAAUCACUAAAAUACAAAAAACUGGAUUAGAGCAAAAUUUAAAGCAUAUAUUAAAGAAGUGGGCUAUAUCUGAACAUCCGCCCAAAUCACUGUAUAUUGGUUACGUCAUUUUAAAUGAGUGUCCGAACGUCUAGUAGAUAAAAAAAGUAGUGGAUUUGAAAUUUCAAUGCACCUUGAAAAGCAGUGGUCAUCCAUGGUCACUAGACUAGAUCUUCCAGAUUGCUUUGUGAGAGCUCUCCUCGCAAAGCAUCAUGGGAUUUGUUGUCACAGCGGGCCGCUGUCGGGUAGUGGGCGACAAAAAACAAAGAUGGCGCAGGGACGGUGCAGGGAGGCAGAGUCAUGUGACCAACGGGGAACGAAAAGUAGUGAUCAUCUGUCCAAAUGGUCAGUUAACCAACCAUCACUAUAAAGUCCAUUAUAUAGUCCCCACUCUAUAUAGUAAUAGAGGGAUUUAGGGGUUAGGGUGGAUGUUCAGGCACAGCUGAAAUGUGGGAACUGAAGGGAAUCUGAAGCCACCAACAUUUUUUUUCUUUCACAAACUCAAAAGAAAAUUCCAGAUUUUUCCAGACAGAACCGUGUAAAUCCAGAGGAACUGAUUGUUGGAAGCUAAAGACAGACGGCAGACGUUGACUUUAUGCUUUCUAUCAUUCGUCUCUGCAAUAAAACGGUAGAAAUUUAAGCAAGAACUGAAUCCAUUCCAGUCUAGUUCUUCUCCAUCCAGGCCGAUCAGAUCGUCACUCUAGUCUGAAUCAGAACUGGAACCAGUUUGGCAGAACAACAGCUCCUCUGCUUCCUGUAACACACAUCUGAAUAUUUGAAAUGAAAACAGAUGUUCGACCCCCCACCACCACACAUCACAUAAUUACCCCCCCAAGCACAAUCAAUCGCUCAGUGCCUGUUACCAUGACAACACAUCUCAGUCCUUCUAAGCCUGCUGAGCUACAAUCAUGAUCCCAAAGUUGUAAAAAAAUAUUUUCUAGGCGUAGAUUCGUUAGAUCAGAGUAAAUCAGCUGUAGAAUCUGUUUGAUCUGCAGUGGAUUAAAGACGGGACAGAUCAGCGUUACAGUUCUGGUCCAGAAGGUGUUGAAACAUGGAAGCAGCUCGAACCAUAGAGGGUCAUGAGUUCAGUUCAUUUUCUGUUUGUUUGGUUGAAAAGAUUCUUUCACAUAAAACUGAACCAAGGAGCCACAACAUGCAGUUUGUCCC